AUGGCAACUCGUCGGUCACAGUCUACACGAUUAAACAACGCAUACUUGGAAAAUUUAUACAAAGAGGCAAAGUUCGAUGGGAAACACGAAGAGGUAAAGGAAAUCGAAGAAAGGAUUACCAACUUGGUGGACGAAAUCUCCACAUAUAUCGGUCACAAAGAUCCGCUCUUCAAGAAUAAAGUUAUUCCUAGCGGUAGCUACUUUGAAAAUCUCAAGGCGGAGGGCCCUGAUGAAUUCGACUUCAUGAUUUGCCUGGACGACUUGUCUAAACCGGGAGUUUGUAUUAUAAAAGACAUUCCACUCCAACCGGUUCUCGAUCCAGGAUACGUCCAUGUUCAAAUCGAUAGCGAAGAAGUUCGGCAGCGAUGGCGGCGUUACAUUUUACGACGAGGAGGAAAUCUGGACCCAGAAGCCCUCUUGAACAGGUUUAGAGACCUCAUACAGGAAGCUGUAAGGAAUAGAAAGCGUCGAUCAAUUGAAAAAAUUGCUGAACAUGUUGAAGUUAAGCUCAAAAAGAUUCCUGUUACUAUUAAGUUGAGAUGGAAGGGAACGAAAUACCCUAAAUAUGAAAUAUCCAUAGACUUAACUUUGUGUAUCGAGAGGAGUGGAUGGCCAAUUGCGUCGGAUAUAGGAAGAAGAGUCGGUAAAGCACAUCCAGGGUAUGACUUCUUCAAAGAAGCUCGUCGCGCGGGUUAUCAUCUCGUCGCUUCAAAGAUUGGAGAGUCGGGAAGACCCAGGCCUUGCUGGCGUUUAUCGUUUUCAGUUGCUGAGGGAAUUGUUUUGGAGAAGAUCUGUCAGAAUCCAAGACUCAUUCACACAAAGACGCUGAAGGUCCUAAAAGUUCUUCGAAAGAAACACGAGCACGCGUUAUGCCUCUAUGAAGCUUCGGGCGGCUCGUAUAGAAUACAGUGGGCUUUUCACUCGUAUGUACUGAAGACAAUGUUCCUUCACGAAUGGUCUGAAUUUCCAGAAGAUUCGUUUUGGGGUCAAGAUCAGCUUCAAAGUCGAGUCAGAGGGAUCCUGACUAGGAUUCAACGUAGUCUUAAAACGCGAGACAUUCGCAGUUUCUGGGUUCCAGAUUACAAACUUUUUAAUUUUCUUGCUAGGAAACCAACCGAGACAGAAUCCUGCGAACAAAACCUUGCACUCCUUAUCGAAAAACUGAGAAUCACGUAG